AUGGCAGCUGAGGGAUUUGAACGGACAUCGGGUCAGUGUAGGGCAAAGCUUAAAAAGCUAAAAGGCCAAUCUAAAAAAAUUAAGGAUGCCAACAGCCGUAGUACUUGGAAGUGGGACAACGCCAUGGAUGCCAUUUACGGUCAUAAGCCGGCAAACCAAGGCAGGGAGGGAGGUCUGGACUCUGCAUCUGCACUUCUCGAAUCAAUGAUAGAACCCAUUGGUAAGUUUUUUUUCCUACUUGGCAUUGGCUUUCGCUCUGCUAGCCAUUUAUAAAUUCACUGCACAAAACCAUUAACUAUUUGUACAGUGGACUGAACUAUUGAUCUGUGCAUUUUCAGAUACAGUUGAUGGACUCUCCAAUGAUACCUCAACCUUUUCUUAUGUUUCUGAUGAUGAUCCAUCAACGUCAUUCAGCAGCACCAGUACGAUGACAUCAACACCGACCCAACCACAGACCCAACCACAGAGUAUGCCCAAUGCACCCCGGCACAUUGGUAAGACAUGAUGUUCAGAGUGGAAGUUGUAAUUGUGCAUUUUCCUAACUUUUAAUUCACAGCAAACUGCGAACUCACUCAAAAUGCUUCUAUGUAGUUUGUUUGCAUAAUUAAUUCCAUAAUCAUAAUUGUACAUUGUCUGUAUAUAAUGCUAUUUAAAUUUCAUUGAGUUUUGAGCUUAUCUUAAGUAUAUUGUGUUUAUUGAGUUUAUUUUAAUUUGUGCUUAUACUGUUCUUAUGUGUUACAUCUGUUCUUUAUUUACAUUAUGUUAGAUGAUAUAUAUAUCAACCUGUUUUUUGUACCAAUAGUAUAUUCCAGGUGAUAGGAGACGGUUUCAGCUGGAUUUGCGCACAGUCAUGGAGGAUAUGCGAGCAGCAGAGGAAAGGCAGAAGGAAAGGAUGGAAAACCUUUCUGAGCGGCGGUUUCAGGCACUGCGUCAGGAUGCCCAAGAAGAGAGGUGCCAGGAGACAGAAAUCGCCCGGCAGCAGAUGGAGCAGUUGGCUACCUUCAACCAGGCCUUCCUUGGUGUCCUUAGGCAGCUUGUUCAAGUGCUGGGAGGCAGUCGUGAUCCCAUGUCACCGCCCAGGCAGUAG